CUCGUGCUCGCGAGCAAGUACACGCAGGACGGCGCGAUGCUGAAUGGCCACUGGGCAGUGUGCACCGCGGGACUGUUCACGACGCGUGAGGUGGGAAGGAUCGAGCGCGAUCUACUGAGUGUGUUACGCUGGGACCUGGGCGUCAGGGAGGCGGAGGUGGAGGUACAGUGUGAGAAUGUGCAGAAACAGAAAUGGGCUGACGCGGCGGGAGAGGGUGGAGUAGCAGAAGCCCAACUCUUGUCCGGACGCACUCGAUCGACGGGUAAUCGUCACCGGAGAAGGAUGCCGACGAUGUGUGCUGUUCCGGACCUGGACUCGAGCCCUGCAAGCAGCUGCAGCAGCCUUUCACCCCGCACGCCGGAGGACCUCUUGCGGCCCUCAUAUCAUCCGAGAAAGAUGUCCCAGUUGACGAUGUCUAUGAUGUAUGCCGUGGAAGAGGGUGUUCCCGGCAUUCUCGUCUCAGGGUAGCGUGAAUGUUUUACCACUCUUUUUCAUGGCUUUGCCGCCCCUGCCGCCCGCGUCAUCGUGUUGCCCGCCAUGGAUCCUACACAGUACGCCGUUGUACUGUACACGGUGUAAACUUGUCAUCAUGCGCCUGCACGUGCUCUUGUUUUUGAACAAUAGAAUUCUCC